CCUACAACUGCACGCGUGCGACGUGGUAGAGUCCAUUUCCCCCCUAUCCCGGGGGGAGCGGGGGGGGGCGUGUGGGGCGGUCUGUCCGCACUUGGUUUCGUCCUGACCCCCCCCACCACCCCGAAAGCGGAACCCGCGAAACGAGGCGGCGGAACUUCCCAAGCGCGGCGCCUUUCGCUUUAAAUGACAGCGGCGUCACGGCGGCCGUAAGUGGACCCCCUCGCACGGCCAGACCGCGGCUACAACGCGUCCCGCGGCCUUCAUCCAACCCCUGGGCUGUCCCUCCCCACGACCGCCGCGGCUGCCGUGCGAGGUUCGUGGUUCCGGGGAGCGAGCCGCGUAGAGGGGCGGGCGGAGUCCUCCAGGCAGGGUUGGUGGAUCACGCAGAUCACCGUGAGCUGUGAGGCUGCGAGGUGGCCAGAAGGGGGCAGUGGCAGCAAUUGCGUCCGUGAACACCGACAGAUGUUGAUCGGCCCCUACGCAGCUAUCCCACGCACGCGUUUGCCGAGCGCCAGGCCUGGCUGCACUUGGCUGCGGUAGCAGGGACAGUCGCCAUGUGGCUGCCAGGACCCCCACCCACCAACACUGCUGCGUGCUGUGAGCCGGAGUGUUGUGAGCCGGAGCUGCCCCUCGUUACGCAAGCGGCUGCCGUAAAUUCUGGACGCCGGUUCGUGGCGUGGCUGUACGCACGCACGCACGCACGUACGGACGGGGCAACGCUCUGCCCGCAAUGCCCUCAGCGCUGCUGCCGUAACCGCGAGUGUAGAGUUGCCGACGUGGUUUGGACACGACACCUGAUGUCCGUCGUUCCGAGCAUCCGCCCAGGUCAACGGUUCUCGGGGAAAACUCGCCAGCGGGCCGCGUGACGCCUGGCCGCCGCCGCAAGCCUUGGAGCGGAGACGCGGUAGGUGACGUCACCGCAGACCGUACGCUAAAACCGACGCUCUAAACGGAACCAAAGAGAAACGAUCGACAGCAAAAACCAAUAGCUGCUGCAGUAAAAACAGCAGCCAUCAUCGUUUAACAUUUAUCCCGCGCCUCCCAUGUAGCGCAUCUCAAGGUGCGAGUGUUUACAACCGCAGUAGCGACCGCAGCAGGGCCGUAGCAGCAAAGUCAAGAUCAUUUUGUUUAACCAGGUGAGGACUCGAGAGAGCGAGAGAGAGAGAGAGAAAGAGACGGGAGUGACCUGCUGCCACCUAGCAGCUGCAGCGGCGCAACCGGCUCGCUCGUGAAGGGCGAUGGCUCUCGCGCUCAACAAGGUGUUCAAUAAGGACAAGACGUUCCGGCCGAAGCGCAAGUUUGAGCCGGGCACGCAGCGCUUCGAGCUGCACAAGCGGGCGCAGGCCUCGCUGCACUCGGGCCUCGACCUGCGCACCGUCGUGCAGCUGCCGGCCGACGAGGACGCCAAUGACUGGAUGGCGGUGCACGUCGUCGACUUCUUCAACCGCGUCAACCUCAUCUACGGCACGGUGGGGGAGUUCUGCACGGCCCACACGUGCCCCGUCAUGUCGGGCGGCCCGCGCUACGAGUACCGCUGGCAGGACGACGGCGCAUACCGUCGCCCCACCGCCGUGCCGGCGCCGCAGUACAUGAGCCUGCUCAUGGACUGGAUCGAGGCGCAGAUCAACAACGAGCACAUCUUCCCCACCAGCACCGGUGUCCCCUUCCCCAAGAACUUCCAGCAGGUCUGCAAGAAGAUCCUGACGCGUCUGUUCCGGGUCUUUGUCCACGUGUACAUCCACCACUUUGACCGCAUCUCGGCCAUGGGAGCCGAGGCCCACGUGAACACCUGCUACAAGCACUUCUACUUCUUCACCACGGCGUUCAACCUCAUCGACCGGCGUGAGCUCGAGCCCCUGAAGGAGAUGACGCUGAAGAUGUGUCACUGAAGAUGCGUCGCAGAUGGCCGUGCAAAGCUUCUCUGGUGCCCAGCGUCUCCCGUGCCACCGUCGUCGCCUUCCUGCACAUUGCAGCCUCACUGCCUUUUAUCCACAAUGGGACCUCCCUCAGCCGCUCGCUCGCUCGCUCGCUCACUCGGCCGCACUCUCUGUAACUAGCUCACAGGCGCGCUUGCUCGCUCGCGGACGGAGAGUGAGUGAGAGCGAGCGACACUCGCUGCUCGUGUCGCUCCGCGCCACUGAAUGUAGCUGCCAGCAGCUUCUCCCCCCCCCCCGCCCCCGUCGCCUUCCAAACCUUCCGAAUAAUUCCUCAUCACCGCGUCCUCCUCCUCGUCACGUCCUCUACCCAUCGUGCCUUCUUCACUUGAAUGUGACCAUCACCGCGGUUGUAGACGGACACGCCCAGGGCUUAAUGCCAUCUGGAAAAUAAUUAUGCACCCGGCACACCGCAUCCGGCGUACUUAUCGCUACGGGCUAUGGCCCGCUACCCUUAGUCACGUGCCACCUACUCCAGCGUAUACGAGGAGUUGAGCCCUGGACAUACGUCAAGCAGCCUCCAGCUGUGGGCCUCACAGACACCGGUACAUGACCACUUGGCCAUGGGUCCGUGAGGGCACUACGCAGCCUAAGGGAGAGGCUGCUUCUCUUCCACAUUUCAAUGGAUUUUUUUAAACAAAUCAACGUGCGUGCUAACGACGUGUUGUAGGGUGCAUUGAUUUCAGUCGUAGGAUUUCGCGGUCAAUAAAUAGGAUUAAAAAUUGAUGUUUGGCUAGGCCGCGUAAUGGUCCUAGCCAAAUUUGUGUCGUCAAAACCCUCCACAACCUGGCAAAGUCCUGCAUGAUAAAUUGUCACGCGAUGCGAGCGUUUUAACAGCGCGACAUUUAUAUUGUUUCGGCUCACUCGGGCCGGAAGGUGCCUUUAUUCUGACUUCCUGGAACUUGUCCUUGAAGAUGCUCGACGCAGUUUCAAACGAGGUGUCGCCUAUCUAAUCGCUCAACUUGGCUGUGAGAAUUGUCGUUGAGAUUACCGGUGAGGGAGCUGAAAUGAUCACGGGUCGGCGCGUUAAAAAACGCUUGCACGCAACAACGGUUUAAUUCGACUGCGUUGGGCCGGCGGAGGAUUUUGACGACCGAAAUUUGCCCCACAUCAUUAACGUGGAAUCGAAUCGUUCGGGCUUGGGUCGCCCGACCGCAGCGACGACACUGGGACCCCCAAGUCUAGCGAGUCCGACGGUCUCGGCCCGGUCACCGACGUCGGCACGUUGAGCCGCGUCGUUCGUUAGUUUGGCUAAAUCGGAUAAACGGCUCGAGAGCAGGGCGUGCCAGACGGCCGCCACUCCUCCUCGUGUAGACGAGAGGUCAUCGAAGCGACCCCGGAAGUAGUUUUGUGUCCUCUUCCAGAGGCUGUUCUCCAACACGCGGCGGCGGCGGUUCACUUGCUCUCUGCCAGAGACAGUAAAACCUUGGAUUGCGAGUUAUUUGGUCUGCGAGUGUUUUGCAAGACGAGCAAAUUUUUUAAAUAAAUAUUAAUUUUAUAAACGAGCGACGUCUUGCAA